AUGAUGUCUUAUCUUAAGCAACCACCUUAUGCAGUCAAUGGCCUGAGUCUCACAACCUCGGGCAUGGAUUUGUUGCAUCCGUCCGUCGGUUAUCCCGGGCCUCGGGCUCCUUUCGCAGCCACCCCCCGAAAGCAGCGGCGGGAGCGCACGACCUUCACCCGGGCGCAGCUGGACGUGCUGGAGGCCCUCUUCGCCAAGACCCGCUACCCCGACAUCUUCAUGCGGGAGGAGGUGGCGCUGAAAAUCAACCUGCCCGAGUCCAGAGUGCAGGUGUGGUUUAAAAACCGCCGGGCCAAGUGCCGGCAGCAGCAGCAGCAGCAGCAGAACGGGGGCCAGAACAAGGUACGGCCAGCUAAAAAGAAGAAUUCGCCCGCCCGGGAAGUGAGUUCGGAGAGCGGGACCAGCGGGCAGUUCACUCCCCCCUCCAGCACCUCGGUCCCCACCAUUUCCAGCAGCAGUGCCCCCGUAUCCAUCUGGAGCCCAGCGUCCAUCUCCCCGCUCUCAGACCCCCUGUCCACCUCUUCCUCCUGCAUGCAGAGAUCCUAUCCUAUGACCUACACCCAGGCAUCAGGCUACAGCCAAGGAUACGCUGGCUCGACCUCCUAUUUCGGAGGGAUGGACUGUGGAUCUUACUUGACCCCUAUGCACCACCAGCUUCCCGGACCGGGGGCCACCCUGAGUCCCAUGGGUGCCAACGCGGUCACCAGCCACCUCAACCAGUCUCCAGCCUCCCUCUCCACCCAGGGCUAUGGAGCCUCCAGUUUGGGCUUUAACUCCACCACCGAUUGCUUGGAUUAUAAAGACCAAACCGCCUCCUGGAAGUUAAACUUCAAUGCUGACUGCUUGGAUUAUAAGGACCAGACAUCGUCAUGGAAGUUCCAGGUUUUGUGA